AUGGCAUACGAUAUGUCCAAGUUUACUUCUCCAGAAAGUACCGGGCAGUGGCUACGCGAUUGGGCAGCAAAGGAAUUCGGGAGCUCCCACGCCGACGAAAUCACGCACCUCGUCACCGAAUACGGUCAGCUGAUCGCUCGCAGGAAGUACGAGCUUCUCAGCGAGGUACCCUAUGUGUACAGCGUCGCCAACUACGACGAAGUCGAGCGGGUCUCAACUGAAUGGGACGACCUGCUAAACCGGGCACAAUCAGUCCAUCGCAAAUUCAGCGACACCGCCACCCAAGACGCAUUCUUCCAACUGAUCCUGUACCAGAUUGAAGCUGGAAAGACAGUAGUCGAUUUGUACAACACCGUUGCCUUGAAUGGCUGGUACGCUGCGCAGCACCGGCUGAGCACUAACCGUUUGGCGGAAAGAGCCCACGAGCUGUUCGAGCUGGACGCGAAUAUCACGCGCAGAUACCAUGAAGUCAAUGGAGGCAAAUGGGACAAGAUGGCGAGUCAGAGCCAUAUCGGGUACACGAAUUGGCAGCAGCCUCCGGCAAACAUUAUGCCGAAUGUGUCGUGGGUUGACGGUGAUGAUGACACGGACUUGGUGGGCGUUGUGGUUCAGGGCCAGGCGGGCCCGGCUUCUGAGGGCUCCAACAAUACGCUACUUCCAAUGAGCCCGUACAUGCCUCCUAACGAGUUGCGUUAUUUUGAUAUCUUCGCGCGCUCAAGGGGGACAUUCUCGUACCAUGUCAGAACGAAUGCGACAUAUGUCCAGGUGUCCAACAGAGCAGGCACUAUAUCUUCCUCCGACAAGCAACCUGAUGGCCAAUGCGUGAUAACAGUCGACUGGCGCAAGGUACCGACAGGCGUCUCUAACGUAGAAAUCGUCGUGUCCCAUACAGCGUACGGUGUCGGAGACUCCUACACCUUGAUCCUCCCUCUCAACAAGACAAGAAUCAAGCCCGGAUUCAAAGGCCACGUGGAGUCCAACGGGAUUAUCUCCAUUGAAGCCGAACAUCACACACAAGCCCAGCCAGAGAACGAUCUAUCCUACAUCACCAUCCCAGGCUACGGCCGCACCUUAUCCGGCGUCAAGCUCUGGCCCGCCACAGCGUCUGCGCAGACACCAGAGUCGGCACCUAGUCUCAAGUACCCAUUCUACUCGUUCUCGCAGACCCAAUCACCCAAGCUAAUCGUCUACCUCGGCUCGACUCUAAAUCAUGAUCCAAGCCGACCUCUCCGGUACGCCUUUUCCAUUGAUGGCCGCGAACCCAAAAUCAUUCAGCCGGUGCCAGACACUAGCAUGGGAGCGAGCCGGUUGGGUGGGGUGCCACGGUUAGGAGGGAUGGGUGGAUAUCGAGUGUGGAUAUUGGUGGUAAGAUUGAGCAAGGGAAGCAUGAGUUAA